UUUGAAUCAUUGGUUCGCAUUGCUGACAGUCAACAUCUCAUUUGUUUCCCGCCCCUCCUCUUCUCUCUGCUGACUGGCUCUCGGUGACUUUGCUCCAGACUCCGGAGAGCGUUUGCAGUUUUCAGAAAAAGCUACGGUGUUAUGUAGCCGCCGCGACCACUGACCAAAAUGCGAUGGAUAUGGCUACAAACUGCAAUUCCUGACGAAAGUUUGAUCAUUUUAACAAUGGAAAAUCUCUUUGAGGGGAAAAACAAGCGUUAAUCACCUGGAUAUAGCUGCGAUGCAUACUGUUGUAUACUUAUGAGAUAUAGGCGAAACUGCAACUCUUGUCGUGGUGUUUCUAUGGAGGCUCACGGGACCAAUGCGGUGAGCGAGAGGACAGGCGAAAUGUCACCUGUGUAGUCUUGUUGAGCAGCUUCUACUGAAGUUCUUACCCAGAUUAAGAGUGGAAUACAGCAUCCUGGAUUCACAUACUGACGUUGUCAACUUAUAAAUUGGCCUGUGUGUGUGAAGAAAAAGUUAUUACGACAUUAACAGUAGCUGAGCUGGGAGGUACUUUGCGAGCAACAAGAUGUUAAGAUAAUUGAUAUUACCUAGUCCUUAAUUCCUAUAUAAAUGACAUGAAAAAUAUUUGUCGGUAAGAAUUAGCUUGUACGUAUCAAAGUAAUGCGAACGUCACUGGUUUGCAUGUUGUAUAGUAUUUUCUAAUCGUAACGUUGGCGAAGGUAUUCAGAAAGAGUUUCCCUGAUGAAGUUUACAGAAAUGAAAAUUACCUCUUGUGUUGUGGAAUUUGGAGUUACUUUGUAUCAUUACUGCAGACACUUGGACCAGCGCCUAGAGCUCCAACACUAUUGACUGCAACCAACUGGGUUACACAGAGGAAGACUUGCGCAGUUUCAAACGGGAAUUGAUUGUGUUCUUUACGUUAUCAGUUGGCACCCAUUUAAACUCAGCUGGGUAUUUUCAAUCAUGUCCUCGAAAGACAAUCCAUGUCGGAAAUUUCAAGCCAACAUUUUCAACAAAAGUAAAUGCCAAAAUUGCUUUAAACCCAGAGAAUCUCAUUUACUGAGCGACGAAGAUUUAAAUCAGGCAAAACCCAUAUACGGAGGAUGGUUGCUCCUGGCACCCGAAGGAACCAAUUUUGACAAUCCCUUGCAGAGAUCUCGGAAAUGGCAAAGGAGGUUCUUCAUUCUGUAUGAGCAUGGGUUACUCCGCUACGCCCUGGAUGAGAUGCCCAGCACCCUACCCCAGGGCACCAUCAACAUGAACCAGUGCUCUGAUGUCAUAGACGGGGAGUCCAGGACUGGCCAGAAGAACUCCUUGUGCAUCCUCACCCCUGACCGAGAGCACUUCAUACGGGCCGAGUGCCGCGAGAUCAUCAACGGGUGGCAGGAGGCCCUGAUGGUUUAUCCUUGUACCAACAAACAGAACCAGAAGAAAAAGCGCAAAGUGGAGCCGCCCACUCCUCAGGGAGUUCGAAGUCCGAGUCGCCGGUUUUCCACUGGUGACAUGAAUGGUCAUGCUGAGCCCGGCCCGGCCAAGGUGACAGUGACCAGCAGCGGUAGUGGAGGCAGUAUCCCCUGCUUGCCUAGCAGCAUAGCGAACGCAGAGCGGGUGCCGGCCAGCCGAUCCACCCUGUGGCAGGAGGAGAGGUGGAGCCGGGCCUCCACCAUCCCCUGCAGCCGCAGCGCCUCCUGUCUCAGCCAGCUCACCCAGAGCCACCCAGGCUCCAGCAUCACCAGAGAGGAUGGCGGCUCCAUGAAUGGUGGACGCAAGGUACGGGUGGAAAGCGGCUACUUCUCCCUGGAGAAGACCAAGCCACAAGACCCACCCUCGCAACCCCCACGGCCGCCCCAGCAUCUGUCUCUGACCUCCUCAACCUCCCUCAGUGUCCUCCACCACAGGUACAGCCCAACGGACACCCACUCGGACCGCCAAAAAUCCCAUUACUUCCCCUCCUCCGAUCCCCUCCCCUCCCCGGGCACUCUUGUCUCCCCCAGUUACUCCACCCUCAGCUCCUCUCAGAGCUCCCUGGACUCUGAGCCCAGCAGCAGUGCCCCGAGCUUGGACGGACGAGGUGGGGGAGGUGGGAGUGUUGGAGGUGGUUUUAGUGGUGGCGGGGGGAGAAUGGGACGACCAGCCAGGGACUACGUGGAGCUGGCAGAUGUGCCGCGCGCACGCCGGCUGUGCCACCGUGAAGCCUUCCGCUCGGACAAGAAGAGGUCUGAGCUGAGGGCGCGCACACGCAGCCCCGGACGGGAGGAGGUGGCCAGGCUGUUUGGGCUGGAGCGGAGGCGUCCUCAGGUAAUUGAGAAGUUUCAGUCAGUAGAUGGAGAGCCAGAGGACCGCAUGGACACCAGCUCCCCAUCAGAGCCCCCCUCCAACACCGUGUCUGUCCAGAGGCCUGGGCGUAGCGAGAGACGCUCUCUCACAUGCAAACAGGAGAUGUCACUGGAUGCUGGGAGGGAGCGUUCUGUACCUGAUGUAUCCUGCUCUUCCAUCCCCAACUUCCGGAGGGCAAAGUCCCUGGACCGUCGAGUGACUGAGUCUUCCAUGACGCCGGAUCUUUUGAACUUCAAGAAAGGAUGGAUGACCAAGCUAUACGAGGAUGGCAUGUGGAAGAAACACUGGUUUGUUCUCACAGACCAAAGUCUACGAUACUACAGGGACUCAAUAGCUGAGGAGGCUGCUGAUAUGGACGGCGAGAUCGACCUGUCCACUUGUUAUGAUGUGACAGAGUUCCCUGUCCAGAGGAACUAUGGUUUCCAAAUCCUUAGUAAGGAGGGGGCGUGCACCUUGUCGGCCAUGACCUCUGGAAUCCGCCGGAACUGGAUUCAGGCCAUCACCAAGAAUGUGCGGCCCACCAUCUCUCCCCCCGAUGUCACCCGGAAAAACAUCUCUCUGAAACUGUCCGUUCUGAAGCCCAGCUCCCUCCCUGAGGAGAAGGCCAGAGCACAUGUAACGCUGCAUCCAUCUUCUCAACCAAGCCCUGACCCCAGUCCCAGCCCCGAGAGCCCCAAGGAGAUGGUCCGAUUGGUCCAAAGACAGAGGACAGGAGACCAUGCCCCUCCCACAGCCACCAUCCCCCCAUCGGAGCCACGCAAAAGCCGGGUCCGCGAGCGCAGGCGAGAAGGCCGCUCCAAAACGUAUGACUGGUCCGAGUUCCAACCUGGACAGACCGAGGAGCCCAAGAGGGACAAAGUUGCAGAGACUGCAGACCUCAGCACCGCUUCUUCCUCCUCCACCUCUUCCUCGUCCUCCUCCACCUCUUCCCUGGCUUCCUCCCCCAUCUCCACCACCUCCUCUCCCCCGACUUCCUCCUCCGUCUCUGCUCCUCCUCUCAGUCGUGCUGCUUCUGCCCCAAGAGAGGAGGCAGAGCAGGAGAGGGUCGGGCAACUUGAGGACCGGCAACAUCUUAUCAAGCAGGACACCCACUCUCCCAGCAUAAUCAGUGCCACAACGACGGACACCCUGAAGGCAGCGGGGAGCGACCAGAAGAUCCUCGUGGAGUCGCAGGACCAGGGUAAGAUGGAGGUGGACCACCCUAAGCCUGGUGGGGACGGUAGCAGGGAGAGCGGCUGCCGAGCCCCCGACGUACAGGUGGAGAUAGAGCAGCGGUGGCAUCAAGUGGAGACCACGCCACUCCGUGAAGAAAAACAAGUACCCAUCACCACCACCGACGCCUGCCCCACUGAGAGACUGCCCCCGCAAGAGCUUGCUGCCUUACUGGACAAAGAGCUGGGGCAGACCCAGAAGGAGCUGGCCAGGCUGCAGGAGCAGAACACCCUGCUUCAGGAGCAGCUGGAAGACGCCAGGGGGAGGGAGCACAGUGCCAGGGAGGGCUAUGUACUGCAGAGCGGCACCUCAUCCCCCUCCUCCUCACCGCACAGAGCACCAUGGCAACGGUUUCACAAGCUCAACCAAGACCUGCAGAAUGAACUGGAGGCCCAGAGACGCAAACAUGACUUGGCUCAGCACCAGGUGCAGACCCUGAGGAAUAGCUACACAGAGGCCCAGGACGCCAUUGGACGCCACGAGGCUGACAUCCAGGCCCUGCAAGCAAAACUCAGCUCUGCGAUGGCUGAAAUCCUGGCCAGUGAGCAGGCUGUGGCCCGCAUGAGGAAUGAACUCAAGCUGGAGCAGGAGCGCUCCCGGGAGCAGGAGGAGGAGUGGGGGCGCAGUGACGCCACCCUGCGUGUUCAGCUAAGGGACAGUGAAGAAAGACUCCGGGAGGUGGAGGCAAGCCUACUGGAGAAGAGCCAGGCCCUCAGGCAUCUUGAGCACCAGCAGGCACUGCAGAGGGACCACCUGAGGGAAGUACACCGGCUCCAAGAGAGGCUGGCAGAGGUGACGGGUCGGUUGAGUGCGACAGAACAGGGCCAGGCCCUGAAGGAGGAGCGGCUUAGAAUGGAGCAGCGCUCCAUGCAGGAGAGCCAUGAUAGGGAGAGGCAGAGUCUGGCCCGGAGACUUUCUGAGGCUGAGGGUGGGCGGGCGGAGUUGGAGGAGAGGCUGCAUGAGGCGGAGCAUCAGGUGGAAGUUCUUCUGAGCGAGAUGCGGGAUUCAGGUGGAGACGAGGUCAGAGAGGAAGUGAUGCGGCUUCAGGAGGAGCUUGCUCAGAGCACAGACUUGGUGGAGACGCUAAAGGAGAGUGUCUGCAGGCUGGAGGAGGAAAAGGGCAAGCUGACCUGCCGCUGCCAGGAACUAAUUAAUCAGAUAUCUGAGGCAGAUCGGGAGGUGACCAAACUCCGAAGCCAGCUGGAAACAGAGGAGGCAGACUACUAUUCCCUGGAAAACUCAUACGAGAGAGUUUCAGAGGAGUUCCAGAAGAUCAGCCGUGUGCUCCGCGAGAAGGAGGAGGAGAUCCGCCAAACCAAGGAGAUGUAUGAGCGCCUGGUCGAGCGCAAGGAAAAAGACUUGAACGAGGCCAUCAUAAAGAUGGCUGCACUGGGCAGCAGCUUAGAGGAGACUGAGCAGAAGCUUCAGGCCAAGGAAGAGCUUCUCUGCCAAAUGGGCCAAGGCCUGAGGGGCCAAAGGGAAGCCUGCAGUGCAGAGAAAGACCUGCAGGCCAAGCUGGUGGUGGCGGAGGACCGCAUUGCUGAGCUGGAGCAUCACCUCAAUGCCCUGCAGCUGGGCUAUGCAAACCUCAGGACGGAGCGCCAACGAGCCCAGGAGGCUGUUAUUCAUACAUGGGAAACAACCAAGGAAAGGGACCAGUCCUCUUCAAAGUCCUUACCAACUAACACAGACUCUUCACAAACCUUUGAUGCAUGUUCCAAGUUGACUAACUCUCCAGACUGUGAUGAGUUUCACACAAAAAGGCAGCGAAUACGGUUCUCAAGCAUUCAGUGCCAAAAAUACAUUCAUUCAGAGGACCUGGAAACCAGUAAUGCAGAAAACACUUCCUCAGAUAUAUCCCAAGAGAUUAGCCUAGAGACCAGCCAGGACUUCCAACCCUCAAUGGAGACCAGCUCUUCCGAAAUUACAUUUCACUACUGUAGUGACCCAGAGAAGUUUAUUUCCAUCAUAACUGCCCUGGAGACCAAGCUUCUGGCCACAGAGGAGAAGCUUCGAGACCUCACCCAGAAGCUUGUAGACCACCCAGAGAGUCCAAUGCAGGGACAAGUCUCCGGGGCAGAAACAGGUGCAGGGCCCACCGAGCUCAAUGCUAGACUCCAACAAGACGAGGCCCCUAUCCGAGGCCUUCAUGGCCCAGGUAGUGAGAUCACAGCUGCGAAGAACCAAUAUGACAAGGCCCUACUCUGUGUAGAGUCAAGUAAGGAGAAAGUCAGGAGUAUUCUCAGCAGUCAUUGCCAGAGCAAUGCAGACCUGCAGCUCCACACUUUGUCUGAGAUUGAGAAUGACUUAGUCAGUGCAACGUUGUACAUUAGGCAAGGUGAGAAGUCAUGUGUAGAGCACCCAUCGGAGGUCCAACCCGGUGAAGCCCAAGAGAUUAUUAAUAAGAACAAAGGCUUGGAUGAGGAAACAAUAAGACUAUUUGCCAAAACCCUCUCUUUUGAGGCAAUGGUUUUAAAUAAGAUGGCUUUUUUGAUACAAAAUCCUGAUUCUGACCUUUUGCAAAGUCUUACUGAGAUAUGUCAAGAGACUGAGAGAAUCAAAAGAAGUGAUGGUGAUUGUGUGGCAAUAGUUUAUGCAGAUGUCUUGACAAGGAAGCUUAUGUUAGAGAGUGCCUUCUGGUCAGAUGUUCAGAAAAUGGAGUCCCAUAGUAAAUUGAUGCAGGGAGAAAGCACAGUUGUUAAAUCAGUGGAUAGUAUUCCCCUUGAGGCUGAUGCUACUGUUAUCUUUAACACCUGUGUUAAAUCUGAAUUAUCUAAUUCUCUUCAGAGUCUAAAACACUUUCAUGAGGAGAAGUUGAAAAUGCUUAAAAGGGAGUUGGUCCAAGCCCAUGAGAUCUUAAAACAAAGGGAAUCUGCUUUGAAAGCGAUUAUCCAAGCUUCUGAAGGACCUAAUUUGAGAAAAGUAAUUCAAGAGGUCAACAAUGAGUUUGGUUUUAGGGAGGGACAGAGUUUAGAUGACGUCAGUCCACCUGAACUGGCCCCCUAUAUGGAGUAUAUUAAAAUGGAAGAGGCAAAGGAUAUGGCUGAGGAAAUAAUGGAUAGACACUUAGCAGCCGAUGGUCUAGCAUGCUGCGAUGACUCUGUUGAAUCUCUACAAGUUGGGCGAAACAAUUUGGCUACUGAGCUAGAGAAGCAGGCAGCUCUCCUCGACAGAUUUUCUCAAGCAAUUGAAAGUGGCAACCACCCUGGCUUAGCCAAUGUCAUCCAAGUGUACUCAAAGUAUCAAAUCACUCAAGAUCUCAGGGGUAGCUCGCUGUGCAUGCGUGAGGCACUCAUCCAAGCCCAGGUAGCCUAUGUAGCCUGUAGGUUAAGAGCUGACCAUGAGCGGGACCUGGUCCGGUAUCAGCAAACAAGCCAAAACAUGGAUGUCCUUGUACAGGGGCACGCCCGCAACGUUGUUGCCAUCAGGGAACGCUAUGAGGCCUCCCUGCAGGAGGAGCGCCAGGGCUUUUCCUGCACAGUGACCUCCCUUCAGGAGGAAAAUCUUGCUCUGAAGGGGGAGGUGGGCCAUCAGAUGGAUCAGCUCGCACAGCAGCAGGAGCGGCUGGCCCUCCUAGAGGAACGCUUCCAAAAGGAGACAGAGGAGCUGAGGCAGAGGCACCAACUGGAGCUGAGCCAGGCGGAGCAGAGCCGGGCCUCCACUGAGCUGGCCCUCAUGGAAACCACGGCCGACAGCCAGCGGAAGCUGGAGGUCCUACUGGUGGACAUGGACACCAUGGAGGAGCGGCACGAGGGCCAUCUUAGAAGACUGGAGGAGCAGUUCCAGGGGCAGAUCCGAGAGCUGCAGGAGGCUCACCAGGAGGAGAUCCUAAGGCUCCAUGCACACUACAUGAAUACCAUUCAAGAACAAGAGGAUAGUGGAAGCAAAGGCGAUAGCAGUUCCGAGUCAGGCCACUCUCAGUCCCCACUACCCGAGGAGGUCGCCCAACCUGCUGAGCAGGCUUUGCCUAUGGAGGAAGAGGAGCAGGGAAAGGGGAAGGAGGAGGGUGAGGGUAGAGCGGAAACAGACCCGGUGGUGGUCCUUAAGGACAGGAUCCAAGAGUUGGAGACCCAGAUGGACACCAUGCGGGAUGAACUGGAGACUAAGCACCUGGGGGGAGAUCUGGCCAGCCUCAGAGAGAAAUACCAGAGAGACUUUGAAAGUCUAAAGGCGACAUGUGAACGGGGCUUCACUGCAAUGGAGGAGACCCACCACAAAGUAAUUGAGGACCUCCAAAGGCAGCACCAGAGGGAGGUCUCCAAACUCUUGGAGGAGAGGGAAAGACUACUGGCUGAGGAGACGGCUGCCACCAUCGCUGCCAUUGAAGCGAUGAAAAACGCACAUAGGGAAGAAAUGGAGAAGAACCAGCGUUCUCAAAUCAGUGGACUGAGCACGGACAUUGAUGAGCUGCAUGAGCAGUAUCAGGAGGAGCUGCAGUCCAUCCAGAGGGAGCUGGAGGUUCUAUCUGAACAGUACUCUCAGAAGUGUCUGGAGAAUGCCCACCUGGCCCAAGCCCUGGAGGCUGAGAGACAGGCCCUCAGGCAGUGUCAGAGGGAGAACCAGGAGCUCAACGCACACAACCAGGAACUGAACAACCGCCUGACUGUGGAGAUAACCCGCAUGCGCUCCUGCUACAGCGGGGAAACGGCCUUGUCGCCCCUCACCCAGGGCAAGGACCUUUAUGAACUGGAGGUCUUGUUGCGUAUCAAGGAGUCCGAAAUCCAGUAUCUAAAACAGGAAAUCCAUUCGCUGAAGGAUGAACUUCAGUCUGCGUUAAGGGACAAGAAAUACGCCACAGACAAGUACAAGGCCAUAUACACAGAGCUCAGCAUUGUGAAGGCCAAGGCUGAUUGUGACAUUGCAAAGCUGACGGAGAAGCUACUGGCCGCCACGGAGGCACUGGGGGAGAGGAGUGUGGAUGGGUCGACGGCCCCUGGAUACGAUAUAAUGAAAUCGAAAAGCAAUCCAGAUUUUCUGAAGAAGGAGCGAUCGACUCUCUCCAAGCAAAUGAGAGGAGUCAGAUCAAAGUCCAUCACUGAACAGGUCGUGUGGGAUAGCUGACACCCCCCUUGAGGGGCGAUUCUCCCCCUUACCCCAAGAUAGCCUCAAAGAGGGACUGACAGUGCAGGAGCGCAUGAAGCUGUUCGAAGCAAAAGACUCCAGAAAGAUCUGAACGUUGUGGAUUCUGUGUUUCCUUCCCACACAACAUUUGUUGGCGUUCAUACUGGAAAGGGCACGAUACGGAAAAACGUUCAGGAAGAUACUCUCAUGGUCUACUCUGAUCAUGAACUGACUGCACCCCUGUUUCGGAAUAGAAAAGGCCUCUGACUUAAUUCACAUUUUUGCUUGUAUUUCUGUUUCUUUUAAAGCUUUUAAAAUGCUAUGAUUUCUCAUUUACACUGUUUAAUUCUGUGAAUAUGCUUAAUGAUUCUUUGCAGCUGUCACUGGCCUUGGUGUGAUGGAAAUGGUAUACAGUGGUAGUGUGUCCACUGUGCUGGGAAUUUAAAUAUCAUGUUUUGGAUUGUGUUGCAGUUAACUGAGGGCUUGUUGUGGAUAGUAUUAAUUUUACAUUCUAUGUUUUGCCUUCUCAGUUUCUUAAUCCACUGAAAUGCCAAAAUAGAGUGGUUUGGUUCAGUAUGAAUUUUAUCUGUCCAAAUAGGAAUCCAUUGAAUAUCUACUGUAGUGUUUUGUUACAACAAACAACAUUUGCUAUUUCUAACAUUAUUUUUGAUGUGUUUUAUAUAAGUGGCUGUUGUUCCACUUAUUUUGUAGAUAAAUAAGAGA